AUGUCUAACAGAAAGGAUCACGGUCUGAAGCAGCAUGGUCUGUCGGAUGACGCCGUUGAGGCAGGACAUGACUUCAUUCACGACGCUGAGGUCGAGGAGGAGCGAAGACACAGCGGAGACCUCAACUCAAUGCCUUCAAUGGGAUCUCAACAGAAGAAGGGGGUAAACCUCGAGGGUAUGCAACCCAGCAACCCGACGGGACAAGAGAAGGCGGGCAAGAAAACCUAG